AUGAAGCUCCUGUCAAUGCCCAUUUUCUUGAUUUUUGCUCUUUUUUUAGUCUCGUCUGCCAUGGACAUGUCGAUCAUAGGCUACGACAUCACCCAAACAACCACCGCCGAUACCUCCUCGUCGAACUGGCUCACCGACGAAGAAGUCAACGCUAUGUACGAGUCCUGGAUCGUCAAACAUGGUAAAUUUUACAACGCCCUGGGAGAGAAGGAUAAGAGAUUUCAGAUCUUCAAAGACAACCUCAAGUACAUAGAAGAGCACAACUCCGGUGAUCAUUCUUACAAGCUUGGACUCAACAUGUUCUCAGAUCUGAGCAUUGAAGAGUACCGGUUAGGUUACACCGGCGCCAUUCCUAAGCGGAAGUCGAACAAGCUGAAGAGUGAUCGUUACUCUCCUCUUUCCGGCGAUGGCGAUGUCCUGCCUGAUUUCGUUGACUGGAGGUGCAAAGGCGCCGUCGCUGCCGUCAAAACACAAGGAAAAUGUGGGGCUUCGUGGGCAUUCUCAGCAAUCGGAGCAGUGGAAGGGAUAAACCAGAUCGUGACAGGUGAACUGAUCACACUAUCAGAACAACAACUCAUUGAUUGUGAUACAUCUAACUAUGGAUGCGAUGGUGGUUUUAUAACCGAUGCCUUUGACUUCAUCAUUAAGAAUGGCGGAAUACACAGUGACAAAGACUAUCCCUACACUGCCAAAGAUGGAAAAUGCGACACUUCCAAGAAAAACACAACACUUGUUUCCAUUGAUGAUUAUGAAUAUCUUCUGGAGGAAAGCGAGUUAGCAUUACAGAAGGCUGUUGCAAAGCAGCCUAUAUCUACUGGUAUUGAUAUCAGUAGCAGGGAUUUCAUGUUAUACAGUUCAGGUAUCUUUAGUGGUGUAUGUGGAGAGUUAGUAAACCAUGGUGUAGUUGUAGUUGGAUAUGGAACUGAAAAUGGGAAGGACUACUGGAUUGUGAGAAGCUCAUGGGGUGCAGAAUGGGGUGAAGAAGUAAUUAAUAACUCCAUAGGGAAAGAACACGGCCGUUGAUCUGAUUUGUGUUAUUGAAGCUUAACUGGAAACUAAUUCAUCACCAUCUGAUUAUAUCGAUUGCAUGUGACUGUAACCUUUAAUCAUCUAAUACUCUUGUAGCUAAAGGUUAUUUGAUAGUUGCCAAUUAAGUAAGAUCUAAUCAAGUCUGUCAGUGUCAGUGUCAGUGUCAGUCUCAACUUCUUACCAGACUUAUCAAAAGACAUAGUGAAUCAAACCUAUAAUUGUGGUAUCGUACGGUCUAACCGAGUAAGACACCCAAUAAAAGGCAUAUUAAACCAUCCCUAAUAAGAGGCACUUUGGUGUAAGAUGUAGACUUCUUGUAUAAAAGUGUAAAACGAAGAAUAUAUCUUAGCAUCAUAGCUUUAAAUAUGCUAAAUGGAAGACUUUGAUACGACUAUACAGUUUUGAUAGUCAUAAAAAGUUAUGAAUUGUAUCAUCACAAGUUAAACAUACCAAAAUUGAUAAUUGUCCAAGAGAUCG